AUGCGCCAAAAAUAUCAGCCUGACCGAGCUUGGGUUAAAGUGGUGGGCCUCUCUACCACCAGCUUUGUCACCGCUCUUCUAAAACUGCACAUCAUCUGCGCCUUCGUUCGCAAAGCAACGAAAGAUACUGCAGUUCUGUACGAAAGUCUGCAUGCACUCCAACUCCAGCCCCAGUACAACUCGUUCUUGCAACCAUCCAGAAUGUUGUGGAUCAAAAAGAUUAUCCUUGGGUUCAUGAAUGAUGAGCUCAAAGACGCCGCAUCACCAAUCAGGACCUUGAACUGGUGUCCAAUGAAAAAUGGUGGGUCUCUUAAUGACAACGGCACAGCCAACGCGCAUUUCGAAUUGGCGAAUCGUUACGCACAAGGCUAUCGGGCAACAGUUCUCGCAGAUGCGGCACAGCCCCUUUGCGAAGCAGGGCAGUUUUUGCCUUGA